UGGUGCCUGUGCCAAUGCUGUAGGAGUAUGCCGACUUCUAGAGAGAGAGUCUGUUGUGGGAAUGGGCCCACAAACUGUUUGUCAUUAAUUCCGGAAAUGAGUGAAAUUGUAAUACAUCAAGGUGUACUGCGUGUUGCGGAUACUUACAGGCGGUCAGUUUUCGGAAUACCUGCGGAAACUGAUGAAAACCGGCGAUACAGACAUGCUUCAUAUCGGCAGUUUACAGUCUGGCGUUACGGACGACUGGGAAGCAGAGUUCGUAGAGUAAUUCCAAGUUGCUGUGUGUGGCGAAUUCGUGACCGUUAUCCGGAUGCAUUAGAACAGUAUACUGGUUUUCUACCACAUCGGAGGGGGGGGUUUGACUGUUAAUAUAAUUUCUAGUGUCAUUUAGUACUACCAUAGCAAACAAGCUGGUCUGCAGUGUGAUUUUUGUUUAACAAUA